AUGAGUAUGAACACACCUGCAGUUGUCAUGGACAACGGUACUGGCUUGACAAAAUUAGGAUUCGCCGGAAACGAUUCUCCUUCGUUUGUUUUCCCAACAGCAAUUGCAACCUCAUCUGCAUCAUCUAAAGCAGGAAAGGGGCCUCGCGGUUCGAGCUUGGCAUCAAAAAGAGGUUUAGAGGAUUUGGACUUUUAUAUUGGUGACGAGGCAUUAGAAGCAGCAAGUGGCUCCCAAUAUGGCUUGCAUUAUCCAAUCAAACAUGGACAAAUUGAAGAUUGGGACCAAAUGGAACGGUUUUGGGAAAGCUCUAUUUUCAAGUAUUUGAGAUGUGAACCAGAAGAUCAUUAUUUUUUGUUAACUGAACCUCCUUUGAACCCUCCUGAAAAUCGUGAAAGCACUGCCGAAAUUAUGUUUGAGUCUUUCAAUUGUGCUGGGUUAUACAUUGCCGUGCAAGCAGUUUUAGCAUUGGCUGCUUCGUGGACUUCACCAAAGGUUCAAGAUAGAUCUUUAAGUGGUACCGUUAUCGAUUCUGGUGAUGGGGUGACCCACGUUAUCCCUGUUGCCGAAGGGUAUGUGAUUGGUGCCGCCAUUAAGAACAUUCCACUCGCAGGUAGAGAUAUCACUUUGUUCAUCCAACAAUUGCUAAGAGAUCGUGGUGAACCUGACACAAGUUUGCAAACUGCAGAAAAGAUAAAACAAGAGUUUUGUUAUGUCUGUCCGGAUAUUGUUCAAGAGUUUAGCAGAUUCGAUCAGUAUCCACAGGAAAAAUUUGCUCAAUACAUAGUUGAGUACACAGAUAAGAACAAGAGAAAUACCGUUGAUGUUGGAUAUGAAAGAUUUUUGGCCCCAGAGAUAUUUUUUAACCCGGAAAUCUGUUCGUCUGAUUUCUUGACUCCAUUACCUACCGUUGUCGACCAAGUGAUUCAAGCAUCACCAAUAGAUGUUCGUAAAAAGUUGUACAAGAAUAUUGUCUUGUCUGGAGGAUCAACUAUGUUCAAGGAUUUUGGUAAGAGAUUACAGAGAGAUUUGAAGAGCAUAGUCUCUGAGAGAAUCCAACUUAGUGAAAGGUUAAGUGGGCUGCAAAGUACUGGUGUUGAUGUUCAAGUUAUCUCUCACAAAAAACAAAGAAACGCAGUUUGGUUUGGUGGGUCUCUUUUAGCACAAACAUCGGAAUUUAAGAGUUAUUGCUACACGAAAAGUGACUACGACGAAUACGGACCAAGUAUUGUUAGAAACUUUUCUUUAUUUUCAGUACCUUAA